CGACGAUGCAGGUUGUCCUGCUUCUAAAUAAGGACUCCAUAGAGUUGUUGGAGCAAAAGAGCGGGGUCAUACGUUACGGCUGUGACAUGGCCAAAAUUAAGGUCUACAGCAACGACGUAAACGCAGCGAAGAACCUGAUCGCGGAGGUAGAGCCGGAAGAGGCCAACAGCGACGUGGAGAUGGAGGAAGAAUCCGAGCAGGUUGAUCCGAUGGACGACCUGACCGGGGGUUAUGCCUCAUCGACGUCUUCGCUGGGGGUCGGACGCAUGCUUCGGCUUUAUACGGAGGAGGAGUUGAUCGAGAUGUCGGAAGACGCGGUCAACUCCACCCUAAUAGGCGACGUGGGCGAUAACGGCCAAGAUGGUGAAGGUACUGCAGAUUAACCUUCACCACUGUAAAGCAGCUUCAGCUGCACUGCUGCUCCAUCUAACAGCUAAAGGGGCAGCCGACAUCGUCCUAAUCCAAGAACCUUGGGUGGUGGGACAAAACAUUUGUGGGCUGAAAGCGCCGGGCUACAGACUGCGACGAGGACACAACAGCGGUCAGUCUAAGUGCAAACGGACGACCAAUUAAGAUGGCAUCCAUGUACCUAGCGCACGACAAGGAGGUGCCAACUAUCUGCAUUAAAGA